CAACGAGGGAUCACCAAGUGGACGGCGGUUUUUUGUUCAGUGUGCAUGGAAGCGAAGAAGAUGGUCGGGAUGGACCUCCAGCAGCCGUAAAGCUGCUUCAGAUACGUCAUGUGCAUUAUGACGUGGAGGAAAACAGUGGUUCGAUUGUUGAGGGAGUGGUCCCAAAAUUCAGACCUAAUUUAUAUGUUGAGUUGAGGCAUGUGUGUGAGUUCUGUAAUUUCUGUAUAUUGUAUGAUCCAGCGUUCAUAACGAUGUGUAUCGUCUUCAUGACGGGGAUGGUCUCUUCUGCUGCACAGUGUCCUCAGGUUUGGCAGAAAAGGAAUAAAUAAUAAGAAAAUAAUACCUUGUCGCUGUUCUCACAGUUAUAGUGAGAAUCCUGCAGUUGUGUGUAUUGAGUGUCAACUGCGAGAAGGGUUGCGAGGGGUUUGAAACCAUGGCAGAAGUUGGUGGAAACGUGAAACUAUGGAGCAUCAUAGCUAUGGUGAUGUGGUUGGGAGGAUUCCACAUCAAUUUCAUUGUGGGCAUACUCUGCCUUGUUCAUUUGCCUAGCCCUUGGGCGAUCACAAUACUGGCGAUCUGGGUCACGCUCAUGUUCCUUCCCGCUGAGUAUGAUACACCCAUGGGAUCCAAAGUGGCCAGAUUCAUCGUCACGCAUGCAAAAAACUAUUUCCCAAUCAAGGUGAUUUUUGAGGAUGAAAGUGCCUUUGAUCCUAACCAGUCAUAUGUGAUUGCGGCAGAGCCACAUUCAGUGUUACCAAUUGGAAUUGUCGUCUUGACUCCUCAAAGCGGGAUUCUCCCGGUCAACAACUUGCGCGCCCUGGCAAGUAGUGCAGUUUUCUGGUCACCGGUGGUGCGCCACAUCUGGACUUGGCUGGGGGUUGCACCAGUCUCAAGGAAGUCCUUCACUGCUUUUCUUCAGAAAGGAAUAAGCUGCAUCGUGGUACCAGGAGGUGUGCAGGAGUGUUUGUUCAUGGAGGAUCAUCGUGAGGUAGUAUUCUUGAAACAGAGAUAUGGCUUUGUCAGGAUUGCCAUGGAAGCCGGGUCGCCUCUAGUUCCAACCUUCUGCUUUGGUCAGAGAAACGCUUACAAAUGGUGGAAGCCCACUGGCAAAUGGUACAAUCAACUUUCUCGAGCUAUUGGCUUUACGCCCCUUGUGUUUUGGGGUAGAUAUGGGGGACCAGUUCCAUACCGAACACCCAUGUAUUAUGUAGUAGGCAAGCCAAUUCCAGUCCCAAAAACGACCAACCCUUCACAAGAAGAGGUGAGUGUGAUUCUUGGACAAUUCAUUGAAGCUUUAGAGGCUCUAUUCGAAAAGCACAAAGGCUCUCUAGAAUUUGAGGACGACACCUUGCUGGUUUAUUAACAGAUUUGUAAGGAAGACAGCUUUGAAAGCCUAACGGCAAAAGCUUGGAUGAUUUUUUUAGAAUCCGAAGGUGGCACAGACAAAUGUAUAGGUGGCGAAUUUAGAAGUUCAGCGCGAGCUGGGCAAUAUUCGCUAGUCUGUUGUCAAAGAUCAGUUUUCGUAGAGAAAAUGGAUAUUAUAUGUGAGCACUGAUACUAUAUACAUAAGAUCGUCAUUGGCACUACAUUUUGUGUCAAAGCAGAUGUGCAAACCU